ACUAGAGGAGUUGGUAAAAGGUGCUUAAAGCACGCCCAUUUACUUGUCCAGAAAAGAAAAAGUCUGGUGACUCUGGUCAUGGUGUCUGAAUUACUCCAAGAAGUCACCACCUAAAACAAUGGUAGAACAACCAUGGAGGAAAAGAGUUUACCCCCUUUUCGGUCUUCUAACUACGGUUGCUCUUAUUUACUUGAAUUUUGGUGUCAAAUUCAAAUUACCAAUAUUAUGGUUACCUAAGAUGAACUUUGUUAUUACAAAUUCAACUCAUUUUGUUAUUAAAGAUGAUGAUGGAAUCAAUGAAUCAACUAUGUAUGUGAAUGGAUGGAAUUCAUAUUGGUUAUUAGAAGAAAGUAUCUGGGAUGAUUCAAGAGAAAGGGUUACUGAAAUGAUUCGAAGAGGAGCUCAAAUGGGUAUGACUGUUUGUAGAACUUGGGCUUUUAGUGAUGGCAAAAAUCCAUCUUCUCUUCAGAUAUCUCCUGGGGUUUUUAAUGAAAAAGUCUUUCAGGGGUUGGAUUUUGUAAUAGCUGAAGCAAGGAGGCAUAAAAUAAGGUUGAUUCUUAGUUUAGUAAAUAACUUAGAUGCUUUUGGUGGGAAAGCUCAAUAUGUGAGAUGGGCAAAAGAAGCUGGAGCCAAUGUCACAUCUUUAAAUGAUUCAUUCUUCUCUCAUCCAACUGUGAAAGAUUACUAUAAGAAUUACAUUAAGGCUGUUGUGACUAGAAAGAAUUCUUUAACUGGAGUCAAAUAUUCCGAGGAGCCAGCAAUAUUUGCUUGGGAACUCAUGAAUGAGCCAAGAUGCAUAUCCAAUUCAUCAGCUCCUGUUCUUCAGUCUUGGAUUACAGAGAUGGCUGCGUUUACUAAAAGUUUGGACAAAAAUCACCUGGUGACUGUUGGACUUGAAGGGUUCUAUGGGCCAAAAGCAUCCAAAAGAUCUACAAUAAAUCUUGGAAAGUGGGCAGGCUUACUUGGAUUAGAUUUUAUUCCGAAUUCAGCAGUUGCAAACAUUGACUUUGCAUCAGUUCAUGCAUACCCAGAUAGUUGGAUCCCAGAAGCAGAUAUGAGACAGAAAGCAGAUUAUCUUUCACACUGGGUAGAUUCUCAUGUGACUGACGGCGAUCAUGUGCUAAAAAAGCCAGUUCUUUUCACAGAAGUUGGCUCUUCCUUGCGGGUAAACAAAGGAGUUUACAAUAAAGACUUUUUACUGAAGACUGUCUAUGAUAAAAUAUUUGAAUCGGCAAAGAAGGGACAGGCUGGAGCAGGAGCCUUGAUUUGGCAGUUACUUGUUGAGGGGGUGGAGGAGCACUAUGGCGACCAAUUUUCGCUUAUUGCUUGGGAUCAUCCAUCUACUUAUAAACUGAUACUUGAACAGUCCUGCAGGCUAAGGAGAAUAUUUGACAAAGGUGAACCAACCAGGAGACUUGUCCACAAGGACCCCUGUUUUGGACUGAAAUCUUAACAUAUCUUGUUAGUUUAUACCAGUAUAUACCGAAUAGCACCCACCAGUUUGAAUGGUAGAAGUAGACUUUAAACUAGUUCAUUGAUUAGGUACAUAUGCAGUAUUCUUUUGUGGGUGCCCAACAUUUCGAUUUCAGAUAAGUGAAGAUCGUCAGACUUCUGUUUCAAAUUUUGUGUGAUUUGAAUUGUGAUGCUCACUAUUGAGUAUUAAGUAAGGAAUUGUAGAAUUUAUAUUCAGAUUUUAGUGACAGCAACAUCCAGCUGAUGUGCCGGUUGUUCGUAAAGGUGAAAGUAUAGCGAGUGUGAAUAAAAUUUAUACUAUUUUUUGUUUCCUUCUCUGACCAGCGACUAGAAGUUGUAUUAACAGAGAAAUCAGUGAAAUUGAAUUAUUUGUGGAUAGAUUGAAUGUUUCUUGUAUAACAUUUGCAUUUUAUGUUCUGUAA